CACGACUUUCGUAAAUCACAAAGCUUGAAAAGUUCCCCAGACUUUCUUUGACUCAUACCUAUUAUUGGAUGAGUCCUCGGUGAAUGCGAUCUUUUCGUAGCCUUACAAGAAAUAUUGUUCUCAAACCAAAAUUAAGCCCACGACUGGCGUUUCGAACCUUUACAUCUACAACACCCCACAAUAAAUAUCAAGUACCAAAAUCGAAGAAGGACAACAUAAUGUCGACUACUACCACCCUAAAGGGCCAGCCCCUUGAUCGUCAGGUCCUCGAUUCUAUGUUGAGGCGGCGAAUGUUCUACACUCCUUCUUUCGAAAUCUACAACGGAGUCGCUGGUCUAGUAAGCAAUGAUUCUUUUAUACAACACUCCCAAGGUCCAAUGCCAUAUAAAUCUUUCAUGUCUAAGCCUCUUUACAUUCUAAUACAGAUUCCAUUGUUCAAUCUACUCGGAGAUGCUUUUUAUAGGCAAUUGCUGACUUCCACGUAGUAUGACUAUGGCCCACCUGGUUGCGCUCUACAGGCAAAUGUUAUUGACCUAUGGCGCAAACACUUCGUCCUGGAAGAAGACAUGUUGGAGCUGGAUUGUACGGCAUUAACUCCAGCUGAAGUUCUCCAAACCAGUGGACAUGUAGAUAAGUUCGCAGAUUGGAUGUGCAAGGACCCUAAGAACGGUGAUAUUCUACGAGCGGACCAUUUCGUUGAAGACAUCCUCGAAUCGAGAUUGAGAGGUGACAAGGAGGCUAGAGGUGUUAAGAUCGUCGAAGAGGAAGAGGACCCAUCUAAAAAGAAGAAGAAGAAGAAGACCAAGGGAAUUGAAGCCGUGAAGCUCGAUGACGCAGUUGUCCAGGAGUACGAGGAGAUCUUGGCUAAGGUAAGGUCACUUAAUGAUAUUACAAGUAUAGCUAUUGACUUUUCAGAUUGAUAACUACAACGGCGAAGAGCUCGGUCAAUUGAUUAAAAAGUACGAAAUGAAGAACCCAGAGACUGGCAUGGAGCCUUCCGCACCAGUAGCCUUUAACCUUAUGUUCCAGACUGCAAUUGGCCCAAGUAGUAACACACCAGGUUAUCUACGACCCGAAACUGCUCAAGGUCAAUUCCUCAACUUUGCCAAGCUUCUUGAGUACAAUCAACAGCAAAUGCCAUUCGCUUCGGCCUCCAUUGGCAAGUCAUACAGAAACGAGAUCUCUCCCCGUGGUGGUUUACUAAGAGUUCGGGAGUUUUUGAUGGCUGAAAUUGAACAUUUUGUCGACCCCGAAGGUGGCAAGAAGCACGAUCGUUUCAACGAUGUCAAAGAUGUAGAGCUUGUUUUGUUGAAUCGCCAUACUCAAUUAGCCGGCAAAACCGAUGUUGAAAAAAUGGCUAUCGGCAAGGCCGUUGAAAAUGGCACUGUUGAUAACGAAACUCUUGGCUACUUUUUGGCACGAAUCCAACUUUUCCUGGCGAAAAUUGGUGUAGACCAAUCUAAAGUUAGAUUUAGACAGCACAUGGCUAACGAGAUGGCUCAUUAUGCUGCAGAUUGCUGGGAUGCUGAGCUGCAUACUAGCUCUGGUUGGGUUGAGUGUGUUGGUUGUGCAGACAGAAGUGCUUAUGAUCUCAGCGUACACGCAAAAAAGACCGGUGCGCCAUUGAUGGUCCGCCAAAGAUUGGAUAUCCCAAUCACUAUCGAGGAAUGGCAAAUUGAUCUUGACAAGAAAAAGUUCGGCCCUAAAUUUAAGAAGGAUGGUAAGGCAGUCGAGGCUGCUAUUGAGGCUCUGUCACAAGAAAAGCGAGAAUCGUUCGCAAAAGAUCUCAAGGAUAAUGGAAAGAUUGUUAUUGAGGUCGACGGGAUUGCCGACGGUAAGGCUGAAGUCGGUGCCGAUCUUAUCAAGAUUGAGCUCCGAACCAGGGUUGAAAACACGAGAGAAUAUACCCCAAAUGUAAUUGAACCCUCAUUCGGUAUCGGUAGAAUUUUGUACGCCUUGAUGGAGCACAACUACUGGACCCGUGGUAGUGAAGGUGGUGAUGAAGCACGUGGUGUAAGUGAUGUUCAUUCUCGUGCAUUUACAGCGACUAACUAAAUGCAGGUCCUCUCCUUCCCGCCAAUUGUUGCUCCUACUAAAGUACUGCUCGUUCCUCUCUCCUCUCAUGAGAGUUUCAAACCCUUCCUGAAGCAAAUCUCAUCUAAACUCCGAUCCAUGGGUAUCUCCAGCCGUGUUGAUGACUCUUCAGCAUCCAUCGGCAAGCGUUACAGUCGAAACGAUGAACUUGGUACUCCUCUUGGUAUCACGGUUGACUUCCAAAGUGUCAAUGAUAGCACAUUCACUUUGAGAGAUAGAGAUUCCACCAAGCAAGUCCGUGCAUCCCAGGAAAAGAUCCUGGCGGCUAUCAAAGAGUUGGUCGACGGAACUAAGGUUUGGGCAGAUAUUGAGAAAGAACUGCCAAUUUUCGAGGGCCAAGAAGCUGAGAUUCCUGCUCGUUAAGAUAUAGAAACUUUUACAUUCAACGAAGAUUUAUCACAUGUUAUCAAAGAGGAGUGUGGAGAUCUUGUGUGUCCUGAACAUCUCUAGGUUAAUCCUUGGGAAUCCGAUAUCACAUGUAGAUUGUGAUAUCGUAUAGCGCCAAAUGAUAAAAAUAAACAUUUCACUAACGUCCAACGAACCUUUCCCAGCAGAUCUUCCUGGGAAAAGGGAAAUGGCCCAUUGAUAAGAUAAACUGUCAUCAUCGUAAUCUGUAUAGGUAAACUCAAAUUUGAAAAUGGGCACUGCGUGCGUAGUGAGCUUUCAUCCUUCCUUUUCGCUUCCAGAAGUUCUAUGGUAACUAGGAG